AUGGCCGUGGUAGCAGUCCUUUUGGACAACUUGGUGCCACUUCUCUUAUGCUGCUUGGGUCUCUUAAUUGUCCGAAAGUUGGUCAUUUACAACAAGCUCAAACAGUUCGGCGGCCCCAGAUGGACUGGCUUCACUGAUUUGCCUCACAGCAAGGCCAUGCUCCAAAACCGUUGCCAUGAAUGGUACGAAGAGGCGAAUCACAAAUACGGCCCAAUCGCGAGAGUUGCGCCAACAGUCCUCGUCACGUCCUCUCCGGAGGUCUGGAUGCAUGUCAACAACAAGCCCGGCUACAAACGGUCUGACUGGUAUUACAAUGCCUGUCGUAUCGAGUAUCGAAAAGACAACGUCUUUAGCCAAACCGACAAUGACAAGCAUGACCAGCGAAGAAAGCAGAUGGCCCCUGGAUACUCUGGGCGAGAGAAUCUUGAACUCGAGAAGUCCAUCGACCUCCGCGUUCAGGAGCUAAUCGACCUCAUCCGCACCAAGUACCUCUCAACUCAAGACCUCAUCGUCCCCGUAGACCUUGCCCAAAAGAUCCAGUACCUGACCCUCGACGCCAUCAGCAGCAUCAGCUUCGGCAAAGAGUUCGGCAUGCUGCGUAGCGACUCUGACGUCGACGGAUAUCUCCAGUCAAGCGAAGAAGGUCUCGCAGCUGGUAACUUUGCUCUUGCUCUUGGCAUCAGCUGGAUGGCUCAUGCCCCUAUCAUCGGCGCCUACAUUGCACCCUCUCCAAAGGACAAUACUGGAUUUGGAAAGAUGAUGAAUGCUUGCUUUCGCUGUGUUGACGAGCGUGCUGCAAACUCCACUGAUAAACGUUCCGAUAUGCUGGCAUCCUUCAUCCGUCACGGCCUAUCGGGCGCCGAGUUACGCUCAGAAGCCCUUGAACAGCUCAUUGCUGGCGCCGACACCACAUCUACAGGCAUCCGCGGAGCUCUGCUGUACAUCAUGACGAACCCACGCAUAUACUCAAAGUUACAGAAGGAAGUCGACAGCGUAGUUCAGUCGGGCCAAGUUGGCGAGGGCAUCAUUCCCAUCUCCGAAUCCAAGCAGCUGCCAUAUCUCCAAGCUGUCAUCCGGGAAGCUUUACGAAUGUGGCCCCCAGCAGUCAACAUCUUCUCCCGGGACACGCCACCCGGCGGUGAUACCGUAACCGUGAACGGCGAAAGCAUCUUCCUGCCGGGGGGCGUGUCUAUUGGAUAUUCAGGCCACGGCAUCCACCACAGCCAAGAAAUCUACGGCCAAGACUCGAAAGUCUUCAGACCCGAGCGAUGGCUGAACGCAGAUCCCGAAAAGCUAGCCGCCAUGAUCCGCACAAGCGAGCUAGUCUUUGGACACGGCAAGUUCCAGUGCCUAGGCAAACCAGUGGCCCAUCUCGAGCUUGGAAAGACCAUAUUCGAGUUGAUGCGCCACUUUGACCUGGCUCUUGUGAAUCCAACGAAACCGUGGGAUGCUCGAAACUCGCUCGGUCUGUUUACCAUAUCCGACAUGUGGGUGCAGGCAAUGGAUCGAACCAGCAGAUCCAAAAUCUAG